UGUACCUUUCUCAUGCUUUCUGUACAUGUGAAAGACAGAGAAGAUGUAAAUGGUAUAUAAGUAACGGAUGUAAGGGGAGAGAAAUUAUUUAAUUUUACAGCACACUUACAGUACUUACAGUACUAUCACAGUAUUUACAUUGUGUCUUCUGACUAUAUUCUUUGUUUCCUUAAUAGGUUAGCAUUAAUAUCUGCAAUGUGAAGUGUGCAGUAUCUAUAUGCCUUUAGGGUUCCUUAUCAAGUCUGACUCAGUCCCAAUCUGCAGAUGCCUGAUAAGGAAUGUUCCCAGGUAAUAUAAGUGUAACGAUGUGCUUGUGUUCAGUCUCUGCCUCUGAUAUCUGCAGCACCAUUCCCUCUGUUGAGGCCAGUAAACCAUGAGAUAAUGGAUGCCUCUCCCAUUGUUGUGUCUGCCUCGCCCACUGGCCUCUGAGUGUGGGAAAGCUAAUCCAGCCUGGUACACAUGGCUUUGUAAUGCUAAUGGCCUCCUAUAAAUAGGGGAGUGGGCUCCUAUCUCAGCUCACAACCUUCUCGCCUUCCUCAGAGAAGCACACUCUCUGUCUAACAGAAUGGCUCCUACCUACACCAGAGACUCUGACAACACCAUGCUCUCUACUAAAGACAAACAUAAACUAAGGAAACCAGUUGUGGAGAAGAUGCGUAGAGACCGCAUCAACACCUGCAUAGAGCAGCUCAAGACCCUGCUGGAGAGGGAGUUCCACAAACAGGACCCCAAUGCCAAGCUGGAGAAGGCUGACAUCCUGGAGAUGACGGUGGGGUUCCUGAAGCAGCAGCUGCAGCCUCAGCGCCCAGUCCUUCAGAGGGCCCACAGUGAGGGCUACUCCCAGUGCUGGAGGGAGACACUGCACUUCCUGUCUUCCAGCUCCAUGAAGGACAUGAUGCUCCAUAACUUCCAGAGAGCUGGACAGGACAUCUGUCUCUCCUCUCCACUCUCCUCCCAACACCAAAACCACAGCCAGGGCCCAGUGAAGCAGGCCAUCACAGGCCACAAAUCAGUCUGGAGGCCUUGGUAGAACCACUGCAUAGAGAGACUAUCUCACAAACUGGAUGGAUGUUUACCAUCUUUCUUGCUGUAGGAAAUACAUUUCCAAACGUUAUAUUGAAAUUAUAUUAUUUUCUUGUUAUAUUUGAACGGAAUUCUACUGAUGUGAUUAUUUGUUCUCAGAGAAGAAGCUGAAAACAUAUUUGUAUUAAUUCAUAAUGAAGAAUAUGUUUGAUAUUUUACGUGUAUGUUUAUGUGUGUAUGCAUUUUGUGCUCACUUGAUGCACCAAUGUGUUCUUUAGUCCUUUCAUUUUCUAUGAAGAUGAUUUGUAAAGGUCAUAUCUUAACGUGUAUGGUUGCUUAGCUUACUCAAAUCUUGCUUUAACUCUAUUGUAUGUACUGUCCUAUUGAAGGACAUUUACAAAUGCUUUGAUAUGUCUUUUGUAAAGGCUUUUUGGGACAUUGUUGUUCCACCAUAGGCACUGUUGUGCUGUGAAAUGUAUUGUUGACACCGUGUGUCUUUCAUUCUCACUUGAUAAAGUGAACAGACACCUAAAAUGGAUUCCAAUAAAUGUUUUGGAAAGUAACCAUACUGUGUGUGUGUUUCUAAAGGAGUUGUAGUGAAACAGGGGACGAUGGGACAUGUAGAAAAAGUCAUAAUGUACAGGGUAGAUGGAAAGUAACAACAGGUCCUUUAUGAAGGACAGCAAACAUCAUAUGACAAGCGUUAUAGUUUGUUGUCCCCUGUUUGGAGCUGUCUGUAAAAUAGACUACUAUGAAUCUGCUUUAUGAGUAGACGUAGACAACACUUUUCUGCUAUCUACACUUCCUGCCAUGUGGCAUAUGACUCUUAUGGAGUCGACUCAGAUUUUGGUGAUGAAUAUAGAAUCAAUUCUAUUCUAAAUUAAAAAUAAAAAAUUAUCACGUUUAAGUGAAACCCUUUUUUAAAAGGAACAGAUUGCACAUGAUGAGUCCUCAUGCAAACUGUGGCGGCAGGUAG